AUGUGUUAUCAUACUUAUCAUAAUAAGAAGAAUUUUAAAUGUAGAAUAGAAGUAAAUAAUAAUAAUGAGAGGCAUGGUGAUGAUGAUAUUGAGCAGAAUAAUAAUUGUAAUAAUAAUAAUAAUAAUUGGAUAUUUAGUUAUUUAAUAUAUAUAAUAAUAAUUGGAGGGCUGAUUGGUAAUAGUAAGGGUUUUAUUGUAGGAGUGGAGGCUAGAGAUGGCAAUAGAAAUUGUAUGGUGAAUGGUCAAGUAAGAGUAGAGUGGGACAUGUCCCAUUCAACAACAGGAACAAAUUUGACGAGUAUGGAUUUCAGACUUUACUCAUCAACCAUUGAUAGAAUAUUCAUUUGUCAAGGAUUUUCGUUUAUAGUAUCGGGAGCAGCAAAAUCUCCUUCAUUCACACCAAAGGGAAUGUUUAUUAAUGUUCCUUAUUACUUUUUCUGUAAUCAUAUUGUGUAUGAGCCGAGAAAUUAUGAUACAUUUGGAGGGUAUUCAUAUUCAACGUGUGUUAAAUUUAAGAAUGAGACAUAUUGGGAAAAGUGUGAGCCGUCUCAGUUGGAGAAUGUUAUAUUUGGUUCCAACACUAGUAGGUAUACACACGAGGAAGAACAAUUGACCUUUACUCCACUCCAGUUGAUGACCAAUCUCAGAAUCAACAGUACCUUACUACCUGGUUUGGACAAUGAAACAAUGGUACAAGUAGUUUUUAAGAGGAGUAUUGGACUACAGGAGUUUGUAAAAUAUUCUAACAAUCAAUCUUAUUCAAGAUCAUUUAUACUAGAGGAACAGCAAUUUGAGAUGUCACAAACAUUCAAAUUGAUUCAAUCACAUGGAUGGGAAUCGGACUGUGAUUCUGCAUAUUUCCAAACCAGACCACUGUAUAAUAUAUGGAAGGGUAUAUCAUGUCUUAUUGUAGCCCUUGUUUGUGUAGGUCUUCUCAUAAUGCUCAUUAUUGCUCGAAAGAAUAGAUACAUUCAAUCGAGAUUCUUCUCACCGUACUUUUCCACAAUUCUAUUCUUCAUUGCCAGUUCUUUGAGGUUUGGUUUUGUAGUGGCACUAGCUGACAAUUAUUACAUGAAUCUUGUAAUGACUGCCAUUUUAAUACUGGUAUUUUCUCUGUACACCCUACAAACAGUUAGAUACUUUCUUUCUAGAUGGUUUUAUAAGAAAUAUUAUGAAUCUGAAAGGAAGGAAACUUUUUGGUUUAGAUUUAUAUCCUCAAAAUUCACCUACGUUAUCUGUUCUGUUUUGGUGAUUGGAAUUGAAAUUAUUGUGAUUUAUCUGGCGUCUGACAUUGAGGAUUUUAGUAUUAAGAAUGACGUUUUAGAUUAUUUAACAGUUGCAGCCUUUGCUGUUAUGAUUAUUCUCAGUCUUGGCUCAACAGUUCUGUACUUGUUGGCAAAUAGAGUUAUUAUCAAACAAUUGGGAAGUUUUGUUCAAGUUGUCAAGUGGUAUUUCCUUUAUGAUGAUACUUUUAAAUAUCAUGCUGAAUUUUUUACUGUAAUUAUUACAGCUAUUUCUGGAGUUUUGUACUUUUUACUUAGUUGGAUCAAUAAUAAUUAUAUGUCCAAGUUCUUUUUACCAGUUUCCAACAUGUUAGCCACCCAUAUUGUUGGAUAUGCAAUGUACGGUAUUUCCAAAACAAUAUUCGAAGUAUGUCUAGUUUGUUUCGAGCCAGGUUAUUUACUUUUCAUCUACUGGCAUGAAUAUCACCAACCAGCAAUUGAAUUUGAAGGAUUGAAACAAUUGAAAUCAGAAAUGGAAAUGUUCUUUGCCAACACUAUUGAUGAAAUACCAUGUGUAGAUAUUAUGAAAAGAUUUUUAACAGCCGAAUUCAGGGCUGAACUAUUGGAAAUAUACUUUUUUAUUAACAAUAACAAUAGCUUUACCGAAAAGGAAAUGAUAGAUACAUUCUCAUAUUAUGUUAUUCAAAAUAUUAUUAAUGUAGGGUCAACUUCAUUCAAAUUGAAAGAAAGUGUUGAAACUAAUUUGAAAAAACUUGAGCAAGUCAUUGAGGAAUCAUCCACAAAAUUUCCUCCAACACAACAUCAGGGAAUUGUCGCAAACAAUCUUGAAUGGAAAAAGAAAUUCACCAGUAUAGUAACCUUCCAACUAAUUGAAGCUUUCAGUCGAUUGAAACAAACACCAACCUACAAGACCCAUUAUUUAGGAAUGAAGGAAUUUGAAAAUCAAUUUGUUUCCAAAGUGUUGGCAGGAGUAACAGUUACACACAAGACUGAGAGUGUUAUCCAAUAA